AGCUGGCAUUCAGUAGCUGUGUCGACGAUCCCCGAAGCGGAUUAACACGAGGCGUAUUCUUUUCUCUGGUAUUCUGUACUCGUGGAAGAGCCCCAAUUUAUUCCCUGACUGCAUCUCCUCGAACAGUCAGUCGAUCCGCACAAGUUUCAUAAUUGUUUCACGAUGAAGUUUUUAAUUACCCUUGUCCUGGUUUUCGCUGGUCUCUACAAUGCUGAGGCCACGCAAUACAAAGUUACGGAUCAAGUUUUCUUGGACGUAAUGAUAGACGAUCAUCCUGUAGGUAGGAUAGUAAUCGGAUUAUUCGGUAACGAAGCACCAAAAACUGUGAAAAAUUUCGUAUCCCUUGCCACCGAGGGUAUUGGGGGUAAAACAUACGUUGGAUCCCGAUUCCAUCGCGUCAUCAAGAAGUUCAUGAUUCAAGGUGGAGAUAUUGAUAAAGGAGAUGGCAGUGGUUCCAUCAGUAUCUAUGGAAAAUACUUUGAGGAUGAAAAGAACGGUUUAUUGCACGCUGGGCCUGGUUUUGUGUCCAUGGCAAAUGCUGGCAAAAAUACAAAUGGAUGCCAAUUCUUCAUUACGACAGUUGCUACCCCAUGGCUGGAUGGCCACCACACAGUCUUUGGAAAGGUCAUAGACGGUCAGGACGUUCUCUUCAAGAUCGAGCAAACGAAGACAGACGCUGAGGACUCACCAGUGGUUCCAGUAGUAAUCCUGGAGAGCGGAAUAAUUCCCACGCCAGAGCCUUUUUAUAUCUCCGACGAUCCAUAUGAUGUUUGGGGGUGGAUUCGAGCAACAGCAAUUCCUCUGUCCUUCAGCUUCGCUAUUCUCGCAUUUUUCCAGUGGAUGAUCAAGCAAUUGGACUUUGAAAUACCCAAAAUGCCGAUGGAAACAAAAAAAAUUGACUGAAGGAAAUCAUAGAUUUAGUUUUUAUAAUGAUACUUGAGUUGUGGCACAACUCAAGGAGUCAAAUCAUCAAAUAAAUAUUCACUUUGAUUUAAA